GGUCGAGGUACGGGUAGUGCGCCCCCCAGUUGCAGGUUAUCGCUCUUCGUAUGAUGUACAUGUGGACGUGCUCCUCUCCUGCGGAGAGGAAUUGGGCCGUCCACGAGGGUGUACAGACGAAGAAGCGUAACCGGCUUGAGUUCGAGAAGGUCGCGAAGUUGGUUGAGAUCUCAGCCAACGUCCGCCUUCUCUCUCAUCAGCGGGCAGGCCGCAAGUUCGCAUUGCCGUGGAGUUUAGAUGAGUCGUUGUUGGACGUGGAGGGAGGUAUCGGGAUUCGCCCCUCGUGGAAGGGGGCGGACGAGAGCAGGACGCAGGAGGAGCUCGAGGAGCAGAGACGUUCUUCGCAGCGAGACGCAUGUGGGUCGAUAGCUCCUCCGGGUGAUGUGGGCGAUGUUUUUGGGACUCAAGCCGCCACAUUGCACCCGUUCCCUCGAGACGACAGUGAUUCCGAGGGUAAUGAGGACGAGCCGGCCGGCCUCGCUACCGCCACUCCUGCGGCGGAUGAGCGUGAUGAGUGGAGCGACCCAGAGAACGUCCGGAGACGGAGUGGCGUAGAUGACCUUUUCGUUCGAGUUGAUUUGGAGGAGGAGUCCGGGGGUCGUCAUGGGAGCCCUCUAGAGCGUCAGAGGCCUACGUCCACUGACCCGCGGUCUGCUGAGCGGGAGAGAGAUCCUGGGUCUUCACCUUCGAGGGGGGCAGAGUCGGGGAUUGGCCAUCGUCCUGCGCGUGUUCGUACUGGCACGACAUCAUCCACCGCUCUUCCCACUUCGACGGAGCAGCUUCGUCGACAGCCAGCCGGGGAUGAUCGAUUGCAGAGAUUGGUUGCUGCAGCGGUAAAGGCGCACGAGAUUCGGAGUGUCGGGGAUGAGGGGAUACCGAUGAUGGGGGGCGGAGGCGGUUUCAAGAGGCUGGAUAGGCUUGAUAGUCGCCGAGCUGGCCUCAGGGCACCGAGGGACCCCAGGAUGCAGGAGCUCGCCCGUCGUGCGGUCAAGGAGCGACAAAGGCAGCGGGGGACAUUUACGCCGGCGUCCGUUGACGUAGCGACAGCUGCCCACACGGAUCCUCCUGCAGAGGUUCACGACACGACGCAGCGGGAGGCGGCUUCAGCAGAGGUUUUGAGUACGGGAGUCGAUGUUCGCCUGGGGACGCACGAGCGCAGGUUGGCACCGACAAAGGAGCCUCGUUCAGAGCCUGUGCAGCCUCCUGCUGUGCAGGUGAGGCCCGAGGAGACAUUGCACGAGGUCACAGGCGUCCCUCUGCCCACAGGUUCAAUUGAGGGUGCCGUGCAGAUGUACCCGUGUCUGGAGGACAUACAGACGGGGCAGUCAGUGGGCGUUGAUGAUAUUUGCCCAUCGGCACAGGAGGAGGGGAUAGCAGCGACCACUGGGGGGGAGGGGGCCGUAGCGGGGGACGUUGGUGUUAACGAGGUGGGGGUGCCUGCUCAGGCCGAUCCGAUGUCCAGUCUGGCGGGGGAGAUUGCGCACAGCUGAACAAGCGUGACACGGACGGGCAGGAGAUGCCACAGACUUUGGUGGUACGCACUGCUGUGGGGCUAGUGGUGCCAUAUCAGGCA